AAAUGGGCCUAUACGGUACAGUAUCCGUAGAAGAGAUGUUUACAACAUUACUUAUGGUGUACCUACCUUCACCCGCAGGUAUCGUAGAACCAGUGCCGUAUCGUCAAGACGCCAAAGACUAUCUGUCGCGUACUGUCAACAAAACUCUGAUCAAAGGACUGACAGAACUAUGCAAGAAGAAACCUCAAGAACCGAUCGUAAGUAGAACACGUUUAUUCAAGGACAUUCAGUGAUGUUUGGUGGAGUCAAACUGGAAGCACUCUUCUCACAUGUGACUGAGGUGAAAUUAUAAUCAGACCAGGGCAUAUUGCAGGGAUGGAACACUGGUCACAAAGUCGAAAGACACAUGCAGUAACCACUGUGUAACAUUCUGCAAAACAGGACCUCCUCCGAAGGGUUACCCUGUACUGUGAUGUUCAACCAAGGCAUAUUUUAACAUAUAUACUGAGGGGCCAUUUGGCCCCCCAGGCCCUCCUGUUGGCCCCCACUCAUGCAAAAUUCCCCACCCCCCACUCCUUGGGCCCUUUUAACACAUUUUUGUGUGAAAUCAUGAAAUGUGAAUGUAUAUAGUAAGUCUUCGUCUGUAUAUUUUUAUCGAGAGUAUAUGAAGAAAUUCUAACAGUAGCUUGAGUUAAAAUAUAUGUUGAAAGACAAGCACAUUGCGAGUAAAAGUGUUAAACAUUAAGUUUUUAUAGUAUUCAGAACUAUUUAAAAUGCCCCCCAAAACGUACUAAAUAGCAAUUUUGGAGUCUCCAGAUUUCAAAAUUUUACGGGGGAGGAUGCCCCGGACCCCCAACGGGUCCUUUUCCAAGUUAUGGCCCCCCACUUGUAAAUCUUUAAAAUAUGCCUUGUGUUCAACUCACCCUCAACGUGGCAACAUUUUCAUACUCGAUGUUUAUGGUGCUACUCUGAGUGUGCAUCCACACCGGGCAAGCUGAAAAAUAUGCUGCCUGACCACGGUGGGAAUCGAACCCCGCGACCUUUGGGGUACUAGUCCAUUGUCCUACCAAAUAAGCUGCUAGGUCAAGUCGGUUCGAGAUGGUGAUAUUUUGGAGUCUAGUUCCAUCGAUAUCAAUGUGGGUGAUAUCUAAGAUAUGAUACACACACAUAAAAAGUAUUUUUACACUUCUAGUUAUGGCUCUCAGAUUGGCUGAUUGACAACAACCCGAACAAACCAAGAAUAAACCAGCCCGGAUAUCAAGUCGUGGAACCCGAAGACUAAAGUUACAACAAUAUAUACAAUGCGCAUGUCAAAUUAGGUCGUCAUAUUGACUAUCGCAGCACAGCAAGACGAGCUGUGUGAAAAAUCGUUUUGUAUAAUAUUUUACACUAUAUGUAAAUAAAUGUUUAAAACAAGUGUUAUUUUCCGCUGGCCGAGGCACGAAAGAAGCGGGAAAUGUUUUCUCUCGCACUGCUGGGGGGGAUAAAAUCAGGGUGUUACAGGGUGUGGUGCAGGUUAUAUAGCACAUUUUUGUUGUUGCUCAAGGUUUAGGUUUACAGUAUCCCACCCAUACUACGAAAUUUGCAAGCAAUACAAUCCAUACUACGAAAUUUGCAAUUGCACCACUAUUUCCAUAGUAUAUCCAUACUGUUUCCAUCCUAUAGAAAUAUACAAUUAUUAUGGAUAACCAAAAUCCAUUCUAUUUC